AUCCAUCCAUCCAUGUACCUACCCACCCAUUCAUCCAUCUAUCCACCCAUCCACUGAUUCAUCUAUCUAUCCAUCCGUGCACCUACCCACCCAUUUCUCUAUCCAUCCAACCACCCACCCAUGCAUCUGCACAUCCAUCCAUCCAUCUACCUAUCCACCCAUACCUCCAUCUGUCCAUCAUCUCCCCAACAAGCACCUACCUAUUCACCCAUCCAUCUAUCCACCAUGCACUCACCCAUCCACCCACCCAUUCAUCCACCCAUCCAUCCAUCCACCCACUGACCCAUCCAUUCAUUCCUCUAUCCAUCCACUCAUCCAUUCACCCAUCCACCCUCCAUUCAUCCAAUUACCUACUCAUCCAUUAAUCCAGCCACCCACCCCUCCACUCACCCAUUCAUUCCUCUAUCCAUUCAUUUACCUACCCGCCCAUUCAUCCAUUUAUCUAUCCAUGUACCCAUUCAUCCAUCCAUCCAACCCACUAAUCCACCUACCUAACCAUCCAUUCAUCCACCCAUCUAUCCUAACAUCUACCCACUGAUCUACUUAUUCAUCUGCCCAUCCAUCUAUCCUGCCCACCCCCUAUCCCGUCAAUCUUCCUAUCUAUCUGUCAGUUAUUAAACUUAUUUGCCAAAUAUAAAUAUACAAUGUUAGGGUAAAGGCUCCAAGUUUUCUCUGUUACCUACCUAUGCCUCUCUUUUUGUUAUUAUAAUUACGAAUGAAUGUUUGAAAUCUUUAAACAUCUUUACUGACCCAUGUGGAGUGUAUUGUGGUUAAUAUUGUAGUCAUUUAGUUUUAUAGCUGCAAGUGUUGCCAUCAAAAGCUUAGGCCUCUCCUUCUCUCUUCCCCCAAGACACUUCCCCACAUCCCCACACACGCAUAGCAGGUCUUACUUCUGAAUGUUCUGUGUGGAAUUUGAGCCAUUGGGAGAGCUUGUGGCUUGACCUCAUGGUUGAGAUUCGCUGUCUUUACGGACAGGUGGGACUACUCAUUUUAAAGUUAAAUUUAAUAAAUAUUUAGAAAGCAUGCAUCAUAUGCCUCAUUAGCAAUUUUGUUAGGCACUCUGGGAGAAACAAAUAAUUAAGAGCACAGAAUUGUCUGGUCCGUCUGUGGCCCUUGCACUUCCGUGGGGCACUCCUUCCUCUGCACAUGAGGUUCCUGGGGAGCAGUGUCAUCUGCCUUAUUGUGGUGGACUGCACCCUCUUUUUGGUGGGAGCUGUGGGUUCCCUUAAGUGGGAGCUGUGCCUGAGUCAGAGUCAUGCUGGAAAAUGUGAAGAAACCUCAGGGGUGACCAGUCCACAUGGAGCUCCUGGGAAGGAGUUGUCCUGAGUUUGUAGGACCCAUGUGUGCCUGGGCUGUGUGGAUGCACAUGUGAUAUCAUCCUAGCCCCGCUGUUCUCGAGAGCUUAUUCAGUACCAGAGAUAAUGGGGAGACAAGAGGUGAGACAGGCAUGUGAGGGCACCCGUGUUUAUUCUUGCAUUGGAUUCAAGUGAUACCAAUUUUGGGGGCUGCCUGAAGUUUUUGCUGAGUUUAUUCCAGCAGGAAAUAGUACUAUACCUAAUUAAUGUUCAUACAGGACUUUGCCAAGUGCUUAUGGUUCUGGGCAUUAUUAGCAUUGUCACUUUUCAAAUGUGAAACCGAGGCUCAGGGAGAUUCAGUGCUGUGUCAGGUCAGCCCGAGUCAAAUGGCUCGGGGCCAGUUCUCAGGCCCACAUCUUUGACACUGGCUCUCUGUCCGUCUCACUAUGGCCCACGUAUCCCUAAGAAAUGUGGAUAGCAGUGUUUCUCCAGAACUGGAGCAGACAGCACAAUCAUUUUUGCUUCGAGGGGAUAGAGGCAAUUGGAGUUUCACCAGCUCAGAAUGGCAGCUGGUGGCCUACAGGUGAGGGGCAGGGCCCUUGCAGCUCUGCCACCUGGUCUGCACGCUGGCUGUUCUCCAGCCUCUCUUCCUCUUGGUUUUCUUGUCUCGGGUUGUUGACUUUGGCCUGGUGGAGACUAAGGGAAACAGUGUGCAGAGUGCUGAGCCUGUGUCUUGCAGAGAGCAUCGCUUGGGGCUCAAAGCACUGCAGCUAUUAUUACUCUUUUCUAAAGACUCAGUAUCUGCCUGGAAUUACAAGGCAGGCACUGACAGAUGUAUAAGUAGAUGCUCAAGAGCAAAUUAAAAAUGCAUUGUUAAAAAUGGAUUCAAUGUGUGAACAAAGAUUGGCAUGAAGGUUGGGUCCCUGUAUUUUUAGAGGCUAAUUAAAGUGUGCGAACAAUGAUAAAUUCAGAUAACCCAUAUUGUCUGAAGUCACCACAAAGCAUUCACUGAAGAGCUAAUUGCACUGAAGAGCAGUGCAGGCUGCUGAGGUUUGGGUGAACUGCGGCCAUUGCUGACCUCAGAUUCUGCCUGCUUUUGCCCAUGCUGAGACCACACUUUGCCCUGGGGGGCCCUGUGCAGCCCUGGGGAUCUUGCUGCUUUGGUGCCUGGUGGUGCGCAUUCCAGUGCAUUGCUGCAGUUCUGAGUUUGGGAUAGAUGGUAACACUGUCAUGUUACUACAUGCCACCUGUCUAAAUCACUCACAGAAAUCUGUGGUCAGAUUUCUAUAAAGUACUUGAUUGGUGAUGAGGAGAAAAAGAGUGAUUUAUGGCGUGCUGGCCCUCCAGCUAUUAUGCACACAUUGAGGUCAGUGCCGUGUAACAUGCAGAUACCACAGCCCCUGUGGGUGGUGAUCCAGCUGUCACGGCUGCAGUCGGUGUUAGAGUGAUCAGGAGUCUGUAAGGAAAUGUGAUCCAUGGGCUUAGAAUCCGCUUUUUUGUCAGUGUCUUGGAAAAUUGGCCUCCAGAGAUCUACUGUGGAGGGAGCCAUGUCAGAAGCUGUCUUCUGUUGCGAUGUUCAGCAGACCUGGUCUGCACACCUGAUUUUCCAUUAGUCACACUAGAGAGGAGAACAUUUGUGCUUCAUAACCUCAGGGUUAAACAAACAGCCCUGCAGGUAGAUCAUGAUCAAUAACAGGAGAUCUAUAUAAACUAGGUUAAUUUUGUUCCUGAAAAUCUGUAAUGUCUUUUUAUCUACAAGUUUUUUUUUUAAAUUUCCUAAUAGAACAUGAGUAUUAAUUACACACAGACAUAGUAAUGGGAGGCUAAUGACAAAAAAGACCUUGGGUGAACUCAAGACCUCUACACGUCAUGCUUAGAAACUUAUCCAUUCUCACCAGACAGUCUUUGACAUUCCAACCAGCUUGCUUCUUAGGUGCCAGGAGGUAGUAAGAAUUACAGGUUCUGUUUUUAGGGUGGCUGCAGGAUUUUAAAAUCUGUAUGCCCCCCACUUUCUGUCACUAAGCCACCUUUUUUUUUUUUUUUAAAUAAAAAGCUUUGUUUUGAAAUAAUUGUAGAUUUUCAGCAGAGUUACAAAGAUAGUGCUGAGAGUUCCUAUGUGCCCUGCUUCCCGUAUUAUUAACAUCAUAUGUAAUCAUGGCAUGCGUAUCACAAUUAAGAAAUUAAUGUUGGUAGAAAACUGCUAAUGAAAACCAUAGACUUGACUUCGAUUUCAGUUUUUCUCUCAACUAAUGUCCUCUGUUCCCAGGUCCAGCCCAGGAUGCCAUGUUGCAUCUAACCACUGCUUUUUAUUCUUUGUUCUUUAAACAAUUUUAUUUUUAACUUUUUAUCAUGGUAAAAUUUUCGAAUUCUGUAGUAGAGAGCAUGUGAGUGGGUCCAGUUGAAGAUGGCUCAUUUUCAGCCAUGUUCUACAUGUUGCGUGAAUGAAGGUAUCUAGUGAGUGGCCUAGCCCUGGCAGCACCCUCCAUGCACGCACGAGGCCUGCUGAGUUUGUGCCUGGCGGCGUGUUUGUCCUGCGUCUCUAGUCACUGUGUGUCUUGCUGAUGGCACUCCAGAGUUGCUACUGUAAGCACCUGUGCAUAAGAACUGGAUGUGAGUUCCCCCGAUUUCUGCUACAGUUUUCACAGGCCACAGGAUUUGCUGGGGAACCCGCUCACUCUGGAGCCUUUAUUCAUGACUUCCAGUUGAGGUUUAUUAUUCAGUGUGACCCAGUGGCUCAGAAAACCUCUCCAGCUCCACACAGCCCCACUUUUUUUGAGAUACCUGAUUGUAAGAGCCGCUCUAAAACAAAACGUGUGACAGAAGAAAAACUGCCUUAUUUCCACAUCAUACUUUCCCUUGGCACCCUGGGUUCAGUGUCACCAGUGACUGGAUGCCUAGUGUCCUCUUUUGCCCUGGCAGAGAUUUCUGUUUCUGUGCCUGUGAAAGUUAUUGGCUGGUGUCGGCACAGCGAUUACCCCGUAAGAUGUGAUGUAGCGAUUGUGGAAUGAACCACUGGCCUCCUAGUAGGUUUGUAAGUUUAACUGUUAACCUCCUUCAUACCAAGAUGUGUGAAACUCUUAGUGUUUUUAAGUGUUAACCGCUUGAGGUUAUUUACAUUUUAAAGUAUUUUAUUUAAAAAAUUGACACAUAAUAAUUGUAUAUAUUUAUGGGGUACAUAGUGAUGUUUUAAUACAUAUGUGUCUGAUCAGAUGAGGGUAAUUAGCAUAUCCAUCAUCUCAAACAUUUGUCAUUUCUUUGUGUUGGGAACAUUCAGUAUCCUCCUAGCUAAUUGAAACUGUAUAUUAUGUUACUGUUACUUAUAGUCAUCCUACAGUGGUAUAGAACACUAGAACUCCUGUCUAGUUGUAAUUUUACAUCCUUUAACAACUCUCUUCCUAUCCCUUUUUCCCUACAACCCUUCCCAACUUCUGCUAUUCUCUUUCUACUUUUUACUUCUAUGAGAUCAACUUUUUACAGCAUCCACACAUGAGUGAGAACAUGUUGUGUUUAACUUUCUGUUCCUGGGUUAUUUCACUUAACAUAAUGCCCUCUAGUUCCCUCCAUGUUGCUGCAAAUGAUGGCAUUUCAUUUAUAUGGUGAACUGGUACUUCAUGGUGUAUAUAUUCCACAUUUUCUUUAUCCACUCCUCUGUGGUGGAUCACCUAGGUUGAUUCUGUAUCUUGGCUAUUGUGAAUUAGUGCUGCAGUAAACAUGGGGAUGCAGGUGUCUCUUUGAUAUCCUGAUUUCCUUUCCUUUGGGUAAAUGCUGAGUAGCAGGACUGCUGGAUCUUAUGGGAGUUCUAGUUGUAGUUUUUAGAGGAACCUCCAUACUGUUCUCCGCUGGCAAUGUGUAACAGUUCCCUUUCUCUGUAUCCACACCAGCACUUAUUUCUUGUCUUUUUGAUAGUAGUCAUCUUAACUGGGGUGAGAUGGUACCUCAUUGUGGUUGUGAUUUGUAGUUCCCUGGUGAUUAGUGAUGUGCAUUUUUCAUAUAUUAAUAUUUGUUAACCAUUUGUAUGUCUCCUUUUGAGAAAUGUCUGUACUCAAAUUUGCCCAUUUUAAAAUUAGAUCUUUUUUUCUGUUGAAACGUUUGAGUUCCUUGUAUAUUUGGUGUAUUAAUCCUCCAUCAGAUGCAUUGUCUGCAGAUAUGUCCUCUAAUUCUGUAGGUCAUGUUUUUACUCUGUUGAUUGCUUCUCUUGCUGUGCAGAAGCUUUUAGGUUCCAUAUGGGAUAUAAUCCCAUUUGAUCAUUUUUGCUUUUGUUGCCCCUGCUUUUGGAGUCUUAUUUAUAAAAAUUUUCCCCAGACCAAUGUCUUGAAGUAUUUCCCUUGUGUUUUCUUCUAAUAGUUUUAUAGUUUAGUGUCUUGCAUUUAGGUCUGUGAUGCAUUUUGAGUUGAUUUUUGUAUAUGGUGAGAGGUAGGGGUCCAGUUUUAUUCUUCUGCAUAUGGAUAGAAUUUUCCCAGCGUGAUUUAUUUUUUAUUUUACCUUCAGGGGUACAUGUGCAGGAUGUGCUGGCUUGUUACAUAUAAGUAAAUGUGCCCAGCACCAUUUAUUGAAGAAAAUGUCUUUAAUGAGCGUUCUUGGCCUCUUUGUGAGAAAUCAGUUGGCUGUGCAUAUGUGGAUUAAUAUCUGGCCUCUUUAUUCUGUUCAUUGGUCUGUGUAUCUGUUUUUAUGCCAGUGUCAUGAUGUUUUGGUUAUUACAGCUUUGUAGUAUAUUUUGAGGUCUGGUAUGUGCCAUCUCCAGUUUUGUUCUUUUUGCUCGGGAUUGCUUUGGGUAUUUGGGGUCUUUAAUGAUUCCAUAUGAAACUUUGGCUUUUUGUUCUAUUUCUGUGAAGAAUGCCAUUGGUAUUUUGGUACUUAAUAGAAGGGAAGAAGUAAAGAUAAGGGAAGAAAUAAAUGGAAUUCAGACAAAAAGAUACAAAGAUCAAUGAAACAAAAAGUUGGAUUUUUGGAGAGAUAACAAUACUGACAAACCACUAACUAGACUAAGAAAAAAGAGAAAAUACCCAAAUAAAUAAAAUCAGAAAUGAAAAAAUGAAACAUCAUAAUGGAUACCAGAGAAAUAUAAAGAAUCAUUAGAGAAUGUUAUGAAUAACUAUGUGCCAAUAAAGUAAAAAACCUAGAGGAAGUGGCUAAAUUCCUGGACAUAUACAGCCUACCAAGAUUGAGCCACGAAGAAAAAGAAAAUCUGGACAGACUAGUAAUGAAGUUGAAUCACUAAUGAAAGUCUCCCACAGAAGAAAAGCCUAGGACUGGAUAGCUUCAUUGCUGAAUUAUACCAAACCUUUAAAGAAGAAUUAAUACCAGUUCUUUUCAAACUAUUCCAAAUCAAUAUAAUCAGGGAUAAUUUUUCCUGACUUAUUCUAUUGAGGCCAGUAUAACCCUGAUAUCAAAAGCAAAUAAGAACACAACAAAUAAAACCACAGGUCAAUAUUCCUAAUGAACAUAGAUGCAAAAAUCCUGCAUGAAAUAAUAGCAAAUCAAAUCCAGCAACAAAUCAAAAAAAUAAUACAUGAUGAUUGAAUGAGAUUCAUCCCAGGGAUGCAAAGAUGGUUCAGUAUACACAGAUCAAUAAAUGUGAUACAUCAUGACAGAAUGAAGGACGAAAAUCAUACGAUCAUCUCAAUAGAUGCAGAAAAAGCAUUUGAUAACCUUUAGCAUCCGUUCAUGAUAAAAACUCCCAAUAAACUGGGUACAGAAGGAAUGUACCUCAACACAAUAAGGCCUAUAUAUGACAGAUCCACAGCUAACAUCAUACUAAAUGAGGAAAAGCUGAAUGCAUUUCCUCUAAGAGCUGGAACAAUUAAAGAAUGCCCACUCUUACCACUCAUAUUCAACGUGUACUGAAAGUCCUAGCCAGAGCAGUUAGGCAAGAGAAAGAAAUAAAAGGCAUCCAAAUUUGAAAGGAGGAAAUCAGAUUAUCCUGAUUUGCAAAUGACAUGAUCUUAUAUAGAGAAAAACCUGAAGACUACCAAAAAACUCAGAACUGGUAAAUGAAUUCAGUAAAGUUGCAGGAUACAAAAUCAACAUACAAAAAUCAGUAUUGUUCCUAUAGACAAACAACUGAUGAAAAAAAAUCAAGAUGGCAAUUCCAUUUGCAGUAGCUUCAACAAAAUUUAAAAUACCUAGGGAUAAACUUUACCAAGGAGAUGAAGACCUCUACAAGGAAAACUGUAAAGCACCAGUGAAAGAAAUCGAAGAGGACCCAAACAAACGGAAAGUCAUCCCAUACUCAUGGGUUGGAAGAAGUACUGUAUGGUUCAGAUGACCAUACUGUCCAAAAAAAUCUACAGCUUCAAUGAAUCCUCUAUUUACAUUUUAAGGAGAUGAUAUCUUGAAGAAAAAUUGCUUAUUCCAAGUGCAGAGUUCUUCACUUGUGGCCCACUAUUGAGGAGGCUAGGAUGGUUUUCUCCUUGGUCUUCAAAAUAAGUUAGUCAUGUAUACGGAAACUCAACCUUCAUGACUAAAAGAAGCAAAUUGAAAAAAAUGUUAUUUGUAUGGUUCUAUAGAUAUGUGAUUGUUUGGAGAGGACUUGGGUCCUUCAAGGAGAAACAGUCUGCAUUGGAAUGUCUCCUUGUAUUAGAAUCUCUCUAUCACCAGCUUCAUUUUUUUUUUUUUAAACAGAAUCUCACUCUUUCACCAGGUGGAGUACAAUGGCAUGAUCUUGGCUCACUGCGAUCUCUGCCUCCUGGGUUCAAGUGAUUCUCCUGCCUCAGCCUCCCAAGUAGCUGGGAUUACAGGCACCUGUCACCACACCUGGCUAAUUUUUGUAUUUUUAGUAGAGAUAGGGUUUCACCAUGUUGGUUAGGCUGGUCUCAAACUCCUGACCUCAGGAUCCACUCACCUUAGCCUCCCAAAGUGCUUGGAUUACAGGCGUGUACCACUGUGCCUGGCUUUCAUUAAGUUUUUAGUGAAAACUUGAUGUCAUUGCUGAAGCUCAAAUGCAGACACACAGUCAUGCCUUCCACAGUUAUUCAUUGUGCACACUUGUCCAGGUGCACUGCUAGAUGCUGAGGACCCAGUGUGGGCUGCAGCCCCUGUCUGAUCAGGUGACUGACCUCAGGCAGCCUUUGAUGCUCAAAUGAUGAACUUCCAGUUGCUUAAUGUUUUUACUGUUACAGCUAGAAACAGUAAGACCGAUGACGAGGUUGGUGCUGCAGCUGCACCUUGGGAACUCAGUGGUACUCCCCACUGUAUUGGGCAUGGUGGGACUGCUGCAGAUGUGAUGGAUGACAAAGAGUCCUGCCAGUGUGAGAAACAAAGAUGUUCUUUGCUUAUGUGAGAUCAAGGCUUUCUUUCAUGUGACAUGCAGAACCAGCCUCACUUGCCAUUGGCCCUCCACGUCCAUAGCUGUUUCUGUGCAGGGAUGUCUGGCUCUGAGCCCUCUGCAGAGCAGUGUUGCGCUGUUCCUAGAAUAGUGUUCAUGUAGUCUUAUUAGCUUUUGCUUCUCUUUGUGUCUUGUCGUUUUGCUGGUUUUCCAAACCAUUAGCUGUGCCAUGAGGCUUUCGUGAGCAGAUGGCAUGAGACAGGUGAGUGCUGGCAUGGAAACCGGGGCAGCGGGGGUCCAUGGUUCAGGCCUGCCCCACUCUGGGCGCCCUGUCUCUGCUCCUGCUCCCAAGUCCCAGUGAUUUUCUCCACCAGCCUGGGCUCCAGCUGCAAAUGUGUAAUCACAUUGCCUGGGUUCCAAUCUCUAAGGAGCCUGGUGGUGGUGGCCAUUUUCAGCCAUGGUGCACUGUCAGGACCCAAGAGGGUGACAGGAGAAGGCAGGAGGUGAGGAGGAGUGUCAUACGUGGGGCAGGGGUUGUGAGCCUGGAGACCGGGGGACCCUCUCCCGGAGCCUUGCUGUGACUGGCCGUGGUGGGGAAGCUGGAUGCAUUUGCAGGACACCAGCAUGAAUGUGCUCAGGCUGUUGACUGAAGGGUGUUGCUCACUCUUUUUUAAGAAGGAUGAUAUGCAUCUAGGAAGAGUAAUAUUUUAAGUCUUUUUUUCCUUUUCUGCACCCCUACUUGAGGGAACUCCAAAGGCUGCAGGGUAAAUGAGCCUGUUAGGAUGGCCAAGAGCUCUUAGGCUGAUUUAGUACUUGUGGGCAGGGCCCCUUUCCGGAUUGAUUAUGACACAUAGUGCUAAUGGGGAGGAUUUGUAGCGGGAGGUACAGUAUGUGUUACCCUUUGAGUUCUGCAAAUGAGGUGGGUAGAGGAAGGAAUGCAUUCAAAGAAAAUGGAAAGUGGAAUUCAGAAUAAUCUUUCUGAUAUUCUCUUAAAGGCACAAUGAUCAGAACGUACCAUAUUGAAUUUCCUUUCAUUAGAAGUGAGCAUAGGUUCUGUGGAUUGGAGCAUCUCUGACACAGGCUGUACUCAUCCUUUGGCCCUCGGGUGUCACUGCACAGGAAGCUGCUGGAGGCGGAGCACAGAGAACCACAGCUGGGACCACGAGCUCCUGUGUGCAGGUACGACCCUGCAGGAUGCUGGCAGUGGCUUGGCCUGGGGCGCCUAUUCUCUGAGGGCCUGAGGGCCAGCCCCUCCACCCACGCCAUGGCCUCUGCGCCCUGGCUGGACGGUUGACUGGAGCGGGGACGCUGCCCAGGUGCCACACCCAGGUACUGCCGCCUGCGCUGGAGCUGGGCUGGUGGGCCGCGGAUGCUCCCAGAGGCCGGCCCAGCAGCGCGAUGCACUUGGACAGGCUAAGAUGGAAGUGACCUGAGCCUCGCCCGGUGGCUUCCUCGACGGGACAGCACAAGAGUCGCAGCACAGGCUUGUCUGGGGAGCAGUAUGCCGGAAGCUGGUUUUCAGGCCACAAAUGCUUUCACAGAGUGCAAAUUCACCUGCACCAGCGGUAAAUGCUUGUAUCUUGGUUCGCUGGUCUGUAACCAACAGAACGACUGUGGGGACAACAGUGAUGAAGAGAACUGUCUCCUGGUGACAGAGCACCCACCUCCGGGCAUCUUCAACUCGGAGCUGGAGUUCGCCCAGAUCAUCAUCAUUGUCGUUGUGGUCACGGUGAUGGUGGUGGUCAUCGUCUGCCUGCUGAACCACUACAAAGUCUCCACGCGGUCCUUCAUCAACCGCCCGAGCCAGAGCCGGAGACAGGAGGACGGGCUGCCACAGGAAGGGUGCCUGUGGCCUUCAGAUAGCCCCGUACCUCGGCAGGGCGCCUCGGAGAUCAUGCAUGCCCCGCGGUCCAGGGACAGGUUCACAGCUCCAUCCUUCAUCCAGAGGGAUCGCUUCAGCCGCUUCCAGCCCACCUACCCCUAUGUGCAGCACGAGAUUGAUCUUCCUCCCACCAUCUCCUUGUCCGAUGGUGAAGAGCCACCUCCUUACCAGGGGCCCUGCACCCUGCAGCUCCGGGACCCUGAACAGCAGAUGGAACUCAACCGAGAGUCCGUGAGGGCCCCACCCAACCGAACCAUAUUUGACAGUGAUUUGAUAGACAUUGCUAUGUAUAGUGGGGGCCCGUGCCCACCGAGCAGCAACUCGGGCAUCAGUGCAUCCACCUGCAGCAGCAACGGGAGGAUGGAGGGGCCGCCCCCCACAUACAGCGAGGUGAUGGGCCACCACCCAGGUGCCUCUUUCCUCCAUCACCAGCGCAGCAAUGCACACAGGGGCAGCAGACUGCAGUUUCAGCAGAACAAUGCAGAGAGCACAGUAGUGCCCAUCAAAGGCAAAGACAGGAAGCCUGGGAACCUGGUCUGAUUUCCUCCAAUGUGCGCUUCAGCUGGAGAAAGAAACCGAGGAGGGAAGCGGCCGCUGGGCCCCUCCUGCGUACAGUGUUGUUCAGUUUUACAUGGUACAAAUAAGUAAAACCAAAUGCGCAAACAUGGUCUUUGCUUCUGAUUCCUUUUAGGGGAAUUGCAUGCAAACUAGACUGAAAUGAUACAAACGUCCCCCUGGUCUGACUGCAAACAGUGUUUAUUUGGGGACAGGGGUUGGGAUGGGGGUGUGGGCAGGGGAAAACAGAGAAAGGGAUGCUUUGAAGCUAUCAUGAAAUAAAACCCACAGAGGUAUUUGGUUUAUUUAAUUAUGAAAGACUUUGCAGAUAAAUGAGGCCAGAAUGGCCUGUUUUAUAAUUGACUGAAUGAAGAAGGAAGGAUUAUUAUAUAUUCUUGUGGGGAAGAACCAGCCAGUUUGCUUUUUCUCCUAAGGUGUGGAACUUUCAUUUUGUUUAAAAAGUAUGACUCAAAAUUCCUGUUUUGUGUGCCAGGGCAUAAAGUGGAAGAGUUGGGUGAAUGCAAGGAGCUCCUUUGUGUUGUGACGAUAUGUGUUCAGAGUUGCACUAUCUUAAUGUGGAAAAUAUAUACGAGGGAACUGUUUUAUGUGAAGUUCUGUAUGUUGUCUUUUCACCUGUGGUUUGUCAUCAGGCCCAAGGAAUAUCCUGGAGUGGUCCCCAGAAUCAUCUAAGAACAGAUAUUUGGGGAUGUAGCCUAAUAUUUUACCAACUUGCGUAAAUCAAAAAAAGUCAUUAUUGUUGCAGGAGUUUGCAUCAAAUAGCAGUGAAGCUUUUGGAGACUUUUGGAUGGAAGAUAGGGAAGAUUAAGUUCCAGCAUUUCUGACUUGUUAUUUGAGUUACUCUGCUAGUCUUAGGCUGCAUAUUUUAUGAGAAAAUGAACACGUGCGUUUAUGGAUCCAGUAUCAUGCAGUACUGCCCUCAUCCUUCAGCAGUGCAAUUUCUUCAGUAAUUUAGAUAUUUUUCACUAUAGCAUGAACUAUAUUCAAAUAUAUACCUUAUUUUAUGCAAUAAAUUGUUUAAAAUGCAAGGUGGUUAUUCUGCAUACUGUUGAAAUAUGUGACUCCUCAGUAUAUCCCCAUUGCCUCUCCCCUUUCCUCGACAGCUCAGUUCAGUUCUGCAGGGCUGCUCAGUUCACAGGAGGCUCCCAACAGCCACCCCACAUCCGGCCUACCCAGAACUUCCUGCAGGAGUGGUGUGGGUGGUGGUUUCUUAUGCUUUGGAAGCCCCUAGAAAUGACGGAAGAAUGCCCUGUUGCUGAUCAUAAUAAGCCAUUGUAUGUCACUAGUAUUAGCAUAGCCUUGUUAGAGGAAUGCAGUGCUCAAAACCUACCCAAACUCCUGCAGGAUUCUACCAAACCCUUCUCCAGGCCAGCCUUUGUACUGAAGGCCAGACCUGGACCGUCAGAGAACAGUGGAGGGGGCGAGUGACUUAAGAGCACAGGGUAAAAAGCACAACAUGCAGUUAAAAUGCAACGAGAAAACUGAUUUUAAAUACCAUUAGUUUUAAUACUCCUGACAUUUACAAACAUUCUUAUGUACAAUUAAAAAAAUAACUUUCUUCUACAGAUGUAAGCAUUGGCUUUUAUAAGAGCAGCAGCCAACAUGUUUAGCAGACACUGCGCGUGGAGAAGGGCUUCUCUGCAGAAUGGUCUGCCAUGUGGAGGGUGGGCCUCUGUGGCCUCUGCACAUAACAAGAUGAGCUGGAAUGAUGAUUCCAUGACUCCGAUCUAUGCAGCUUUAAAGCCAAAUCCUCACGUGUGUGUUUGUGUCUGCCUGUGGGUCUCAGAGGUGCGGUGACUCUGUGCUAUAACUGGAGAGAUUGUUCCAAACCCCAAGUCCUGUCUGAUCCCAGUCUGUUCCCUUCUGCUUCUUACCUCUGUAGGUAGGUCGCUGGUUUUUGUUGGUUUUGAGGAUUGGAAUUUCCAUUACAUUCAUCCAUUCCACACAGUAACAUCCACAGAACUAGUCCAACUCUUAAAUGCAGAGAGAAAAAGCACGGGCACCAGUUGCCAGCUCAUGCUUACAACCCUGUGUGGAAGUAGAUACAGUUGAGGGCCACAGUGGAGCUUCCGAGACUGGAUUCAGUCUUGUUCCAGUGACACUUGGAAGGCCUCUGCAGGAGAGAAACCAGCUCUCAGGGCAGAGAUCGGUUAGGGGCCAGGCAGGACUUUCCCCAACCCUGGAGAUGCCCUGAAGGUUCACUGGCUCUCCGGAUUAGCCUCUUCCUCUGUCAGGCAAAGAUGAGGAGCCCGUUUGCCCAUUGGGCCCUGGGCAGGGACUUGCAGUGGAUUCUUGGUCAGGUGUUCCUGCACAUGCGGAGGCGAGAAGGUGAUUCCAUCAUUCCAGUUCUCGCCCACAGUUUUGGUGAAGCAGGGGACACACCCCACAGCCCUAGCUCUCAAAUGGCUUCACGGUCCUUACUUCUCUACCUGUCUCAAGAAGGAGCUCAGAGCAGAGACUUGUGAAUUCCUUAGCAAUGUGAGUAUAUGAAUGUUUUGCAUAUGUCCACAGUAUUGGCAAGAUAAUUAUGUAAUUCAGAUACCUUUAACCAUGUUUCAAGAAAGAGGCUCCUCCCAUUCGCCACCCUAGAGAAUUGCCUUUGUUAAAUCAAGACACAUACAUAUCAAACCAUGACUUUGAAAGGUCUUUGAGGCUGGGACUAUGUAAUGAAUUAGUUUAAAAGCCAAGGUCAGACAUGAAUUAAUAGUCAAUUUCCCUUCAGCACAAGGAAAAGGUGAUUUACAUGAGUAGCUCUUUUGAAGGUUGUGGCUGACUUGUUCAUACCGUGUCACCUCAUGGCUGGCGUGAUGUUGAAUGAGUGGAGAUUGUGAAGAUGGAGCUUACACAGUGGGGCCUAUUGUUCUUUCAAGAAUUCUUUUUUUAGCUCAUGGAACCCACAGGUCCAGUUUAGUAACCAGUGAUUUAGACAAUCAGUGAUAGGUUUAUAAUCUCAGACUAUUCCAGCAAAGUGUGGCAACAAAGGAUUGCAUUGUUAGGAAGAACAGUUGGUGGGAACGAGCACUCCUGGGCAUACCGCUGACUUUCAAAAGUCCCUUGUUCCAGGUAUAGGAGACCCAAGGCAUCCUGAAGCCCACCUAUAAGAACAGAGUCUUCCAGCAUAUAUUUGAUUUUUCAGAAACUCUAGCAUUCUUUUUAAAUACUGAAGCAAUCCUUAAUGGAAAAGAGAUUUCAUGAAACAAAUUAGGUAUUUCAAGAGUUGAUCUAUUUUUGGUGUCCAAAAUUCACGAAUACAGAAGCUUGACAAGCAUGUCUUCACCUUCCCACCACAUAAACACAUGGACACACACCCAAGCCACAAGAAAUCCCAAGAGAGCAGAGGAGAAUUUUUAAAAGAUUUAUCAUGAGGACUGCAUUUCCAUUCACUCAAACUUAUGAGACAGGAAAUAGGGGCCAACAGUAAAUGGGGGCGGCCGCCUGUCGUACCCAGGCGAGGACUUCUUGAACUUCUACCAAUCUCCAUUUGAUUUUCUUCACCUUUAUUUCAUCUCAUAAGAAGAGAAAGGCUCAAAAGGAAGCACUGUUAGAAAGUUUCUCUGACCUAGAAGAAUCCAUCUAAAUCCCUGCCUUCCUCUCUGAACAAACAGUUCCUGUCUCUGACAGGGGCCAUCCUCUAUCUUCCAUCCAGUGGCUCUUUUUUGAAGGCUCUGAUGCAGAGUGCUUCAAAUAUGUCCUCAGGCCAGACACUGGUUGCUGGCACAGAGACACACAGCACCCAGCCCUGGGCCCUCCCUCAAAGGAUGGCCUCGUGGUGUCGGUCAAUUGUAAGCUCAGAGAUGUUCUGCUGGAGGUGCAGGGAGCCCGGCCACCCACGCAGCCCUAACUGGAUGCACCCCUUCUUGGUGUUGGGGACGGGGGUUGCUGCACUGCUCGCUUAUUGAAUUUUGCUACUUAGAAUGACAGCAUUAACUUUGUGUUUUAAUUUUUGUUUAAACAAAUGUUUUUUUAAUUUCCAAAGCUCAGCAGUAUAUGAGAGAAAAAAAAAAUGGGAAAUUUACCUGGUUUCAGUUAACUUUUGCGUUUCGUGCCUAAGUGAUUAAAGCCAGUGCUUGGAGCCAAGCCUUCACUCCAUGAACAAGCCCCACAGCCUUGCCCCUUGCUCUCCUACUCACACUGACCUCAAACGCCCCGUGCUUGGCCUGCUGCGGUGAAAGAACAAUUGAAUGACAGGUGUAAGAGGAGAACCUCCCCUUCCUGGUGUGAGGAAAGUCACAAAUCAAGAUAUGUUGCUUUCAGCCCAGAUCCUAAAUGCUAGCUCUCGGCAGCUGCGUGGCUUACCUUUCACCAGUUCCACCACCAGCAGCUGCCAGCACCUCCACAGAUCACAGAGAUGUGAACAAGCAAUGGGAAGCACUCUUAGCCUUGCCAUGGUCUUUGUUUUUUAGGAACCAAGAUUCCAGCAUUCUUUAAUACUCAGCACGCUGUGUCCUCUGCAGAGUUCAUGUUAUUGCCAGGGACAGUCAUCUGCUGCUGCUGCUUCCUGAACUGGAUGCAUUAGGAAGCUGCUGUCUGAGUGCAGGAAUGUCUUGCUAAGAAAGCAGGGUCUUCCUCCAUCCUUUUCUUUCUUCCCUCUGUGUGUCCUUGUUUUGUGUAAUGCGGGAGAGGGUUAGAGCUAUAGAGAAUAUAUAGACACUAUCCUAUAUAGAGAAUAUAUAGGCACAUUAUAUCUAUACACCCCCAUCAUGUCAGAGAUCUGCAUGUCAGUUUUCAGCAACUAAAGGUGCCUCAUGGUGAGUUCAGCAGACACAGGAACCAAGCCGCCCCUCCUGCACUUGAUGCGCCCACCUUUGUUGUGCCUCACUUAAAAUGGUGCUUUUUCAGUUGUCUGUCUUUUCUUAUGUUUUUAUGUGUAAGGUGCUGUAUAUAAGUUGAAUAUAUUAUGCACAUAUCCUACCCAAUGGGUAGAACAAAAAGUUGUUAAUACUGUAAUAUAAUGUAUAGACGAUAUCAAUUUUAACAGAAAUGGCAUAGAAUUGGUGAAUGCCUAUGUGCUUUGUCUUCUUUUGUAAGGAAAUUUGCAAAUGGAUGCAUACAGAUUAAAAUCUAUGUAGUUUAUUUUCCUAUUAAAUAUCAAUAUUAUAACACAAGAGAAAGAAGUGUGAACAAGCAACAGUUCAUGACCAGCGUAUAUAUAGCAAUGGAAAGUUGCAUCUUUGCUGUGAAAACACUUUAAAGAAAAUACUUUUUAAAAAAAUCCAACAGCUUUUUGGUUGCCACUAGACGCUUCUUAUUUAAUCUUUUUGGUAAUGCUCAGCUGGACCAGUGUUAGUUACAUUUGAGUCAGAAAAAUGUUGAUUUUCAGCUUGCUUUAUAAUCUCCUGCAUCUGUCUCCUGCUGUAGCAUCACGAAGGUGUCAGGCCUCAGUGAAAAGUGCACAUUUUUGUUGUUAAUAUUGCAGAAACUGUGUCAGAGGAAAAAGUAAAUCAGCCUACAGCAGAGGACUUCAUUCAGCUCCAGAGGCAUCUGUUACCGUCUGUGUCCAAGUCUCUCUGUGCCUUUUUCUUUUACAAACUGAAGCUGUGGAGCCAAUGAAGCAACAGUAGAGACUGUAGGGAAAGAUACCUCAGGAAAAACACAUCCACUUACAAGGAGGCCCUGUUCUUGGAAAAAGUGUUUAGUUAUGGGUUAGCACUAGAAGAGACUCGGCUGUCAGCCAGCCAAGCGAAGCUCUCAUCCAUUCCCAUUCGUGUCCCAUCAUCAUCCUGACCCAAAAAGCAAGCUUGGUUUUGCCAUUAGUUAGAAAUUACGUUUUGAAUUGUAUAUUGUUACAUCCUUCUCCGAGUUUAGUUUUUAGUGUCUGAUUAUGACCUCUGCAUUAUCUUCAAAUGCCCUAAUUUUUUUAAAAAAAGAACAAAAAGUUUAUAACACCGUGUUCAUUAAAACCAUGGUUGAAUCUUGGGUGUGGGUAUCCUUUCGAGUGUUAUCCGUAAGGGCAGUCCAUGGAAUUUGGCCCAUCUGAUCCAUAUCAUCAGCUUAUUCUGCCACCAGAGGAUAGUCCAAUAAAUUCCAAAGUUUGUUAGUUUCACGGUGUAUGUUCUGACUUUGAAAAUCACAAUGGAAUCAUACCCCUAACAUUCAGGAAACAAAUGACCGAUUCUCCUUAAACUGAAAUCGACUGUACAAUGCAACUCUCAAUGCUGAACAGAUUAAAAGGCAGCCCUUUUAGUAUUUGUUUAAAAGGGCCGUGAGAAGUUGACACUCUUGGUGUUGUGGAUCCCGCGUGUCUAGACCCAUGUGUUGGUUCCAUCAUAUGCUGCAUCCCUUGUGAUUCCGCAUUUAGAACUGAGGCUCAUUACUGUCAAAAACAAAGCUCCCACACCCCAGGUUCAACCCUGUGCAAGAACUGUUGAGCAUGAGAAUGUUCUAGACUCAGAGGUACUAAAAUUUGUUACCACAUCAUUGCUUCUUUUUCUACAGAACGAAUUGAGGCUUAAACUUUACUGUUAAUUAUACUGGUUCAUUUUAAUGUGCUUGUUGGUAUGUUGCUAUCUUUCAUUUUAUUGCUUUCGAAAAUCACGUUUUCUAAUUGUAUGCUUGUCUAGUUUAAAACUAUUUUAAAAUAUGUACAAUACAAUGCACAGCAUUUAGUUCAUUUAAUUUUUAUUAUAAAGCAAUCUACUAAAAAGUACAACUGUAUUUGAACUUUUCAAUAGUUGGUUGUGAGCUAUGAUACAAGUCACUAAAGUCUUUUUUAAACAAACAUUUGCGCUUACUUUUCAACAUAAUUCCCAGUUCUAUACAGAAAAAGAUUUCCACCUGUCAUGUAUCUGCCUCUUUUACCCGAGCAAUGGUGAUGUAGUUCUUCGACCUAAGGUCUGUAAUUGCAAUACUUUUAAAGAACGAUGUUGCUCUAAGUACUGUUCGUUAGUUAUGAAAUCAGAUUUUUCUGCUUGUUCUUAAUGCUGUGGCCAAACCAUAGCACAAAAUCAUUAAAAAUAAUCAGUGGCACACA